GCCGAGUGGAUGUCAACACAUAGCGGCUGCUAGGAAGGUAUGGAGAAUGAGAGCAGCACACUCGAGCCUGAUAAAAGUAUGGAAACGACUCGGAGCGAUGAGCCAGAUGAUCAGCAGACGAAUACACCCGACCCGUUGAUGCUUGAUGAAGAUACCUAUCGACAAGAAAAUACAUCUAGUCCAUUGGCAUGCGAAAACUCUGGUGACCGGCAUCGAAAUGAGGUCGAAAUCAGUUAUGAGGCGAGAGGUGGUGAUGUGUCACUAGUCGAAAGCUGCACGGGCAAUGCUGAACCUUCAGGUGUUACCGAGACCGAAGGUGGCGAGCAUAUAGCGAAGGAAAUGUCAGUAGAGGAAGUUGAAGCAGUGUCAACCCACGUCAAUAGCCAUGGUGAGAAGGGGCAAACAGCUGAUGAGUUUGACGGUCAGCAACGGUGUAGUCAACAAGCUGCGUCUAACGAUUCGCAGAUUUCAAGUCAAUCUUCUGACGUAAACGUGGCAACGUCCUGCACAAAUGCAGAGGAGAUGAUAUGGCCAGGAAUGUGCUCGGAAGAACUAGCGAAUGUUAAUUGCGCAGAAAAUGAGGGAAGUGCUAGUAAUCACACAGAUUCUGUGAUGGCAAGUUGCAAAUCAUCUGCGUCACCAACCAUUCACAAUUCAGCACCAUGCGAUGUUACUGAGGAUUGCAGAGUAGAUGACUCUCAUCCAGGCGUUCGAGAAAGCGAUGACCAAGUUAACGGCAACCAAAGUAGCGAAAAAGAUGCAAUUUCACAUUUGUUGGACGGACAGUCGUCAAAUUGCACUGAGGUGGUACUGGUAGUGCAAGACAGUGUUUCUUGUAAAGAUGAACAGAAUAGUAGCCACGAAUCCACGGGCACUCUGUUUCCUGAGGGACCAUCGAACAUGGCCGAUGCCACCGACACGCGUGAAGGAGACAAAUUGAACAACGGCGUCCAAUGUGCCGCAAGCAAGCUAACACCCACAGUACCCACAGCUAACACUGAGCUUGGUUGCGUUGUAGCCACACCUGGCCUGGAGGAACUAUCUGUGAUAAGCGACCGUGUUAGCGCAGUCGAGCAAACGUCCGAGAGCGAAGUACAUUCCGAUCCUGAUAGAAGACAAGGAGGGGCCAAAUCUGUAGUUGAAGGCAGUUGUGAAGACGAUUCGGGUGUCAUUCAAAUCUGCGCGCCGGAGCAGGAGGUUAGUGAAGACGCGGCAUUGUCGAACAAUGGUGUGGUACAAGCAGAAGAGCUGUACCAACUGCCAAACGGUCUCAAAGUUCUACCACAACUUCACGAGCUACAGCAGCAAUGUAUGGAGCAAGCCAAACUGAUUGCAAAGCUGGAGAGGAAGGUUUCGGAGCAGAAGAACCAGUGCGAGGUGGCCGCUGGGGAGAAGACCGCGCUCGCACAGCAGACAGGAGAGAGCGAGCAGAUCUACCUGGCGCAAACCAAAGAGAUGGAGCGGACGAUUGCUGAACUGCAGACGACGCUGGAAGCCACGCGGCAGCAGUUGCAGAACCAGGACGCUGCCGCGAGGAGGGCGCUAGCUGCCAACCAAGUGCGCAUCGAACAGCUUCAGCGUCGCGCGGACGGCGCAGAGGAGGAGCGCACGAGCAUGGUGAUGCGCUACGCCUGCAGCGAGAAGGAGCUGCUCGACCAGCAGAGGGCGCGUGAGAUGCUUGAGCGACGCCUCGGCGAUGCGACACGGGAGCGGGAUGCUGCGGCCGCGCGCGCUCACCACCUCAAGCAAGAGAAGAACAGCUUCGCGGCACGCUUUGAGCGCAAGUCGGCCGAGUUUCAGGCUCUGCAUCGUGAGUUCGAGAAGGCCAAGGAGGAGUUAAACUCCCAGCGAAUCAAGGUCAAGUGGGCUCAGAAUAAACUGCAAGCCGAGAUCGACGGCCACAAGGAGACGCGGCUGGAGCUGGAGGAGGUGCAGAGGAAGCUGCGUGUUGCACGCGAGGAGAGCGAGCAGAUACGCAGGAACUGCCAGCAGAUGAUGCGCGCCUACCACGAGUCCGAGCACGAGAAGCCAGCGGGUGAGGGUCAGCAUGAGCAGCAGCAGCAGCAUGAGCACGGAGGAGAGAAGACCAACCUCUCUGAGGUACAUGAGAUGCUGGGAAAGGAGAUAGACAGUCUGCGUAGGCAGCAGAAGGACAGCGUUGAAGAGUACAAUACAAUGAAGGACAAGGUGCUGAGCAUGGAGAUCGAGCGGCAGGCACAGGAGAAGACGCUGCUGGGCUAUCAGGACAUCCUGCAGAACCAGAAGGCUGAGAUCAUGUCACUGAAGGCGCAGAUCGAGCAGGGUCAGCUCGUGCAGAACGCACUUGAUGAGGAGCGGGAGCACAGUGCGCGGCUGCAGCAGGAGCUGGACACGCUGCGGCAGCACCAGGAAGACGUGGCCGAUCGCGCGGUAGCGAUGCGCAGCAAGGAGCGUGAGCUACUCGGCUUUACCGAGAAGGUGACGGCGAAGAACGCACAGCUGCAGUCGCAGCGCAGCGCCGUCGACGCCAAGGUUUUUGCUAUGGCUUCAGACGUCGAGAGGCUCACAAAAUUCAGCAAUGGCUUGCAAAAUGAAUGUAAGAAGCUGGAGAAGGAGCUGGGAGAGGAGACACGGAAGAGGGUAGAGGAGACGAGUGAGCUAACGCUGCAGCUACAGGAGAAGACCACUUUAGUGGAGCAGCUACACACGAGGGUUAAGGAUGAGGAGAACGAAAACAAAGUCCUAAAGAAGAGGCAUACACUGGCUCUUAGGGACUUGCAGCGUGAGCUCAUACACUAUCGCCGCCGCGCCGACGAAUCGGGGAGCGUCGCAGACAGAGAUCGUAUGUCCGGUUCGCUGGCCAGCUCGACGGGGUCGCUUGACACGGCAGGCAAGCACGCGGGCGGCGUGAGGGCGAGCGCGAGCACACCGAGCGUCGCGCGCGAGUCGCCAUCACUGCUCGAGAGUCUGAGGAUCAUACAGUCGUACGUGGUGAGAGAGGAAUCGGGAGCUCUUACCUCCGAGAUCAGUGAUACUAUCAAGUGUAAGUGA